CUCUGCCUGUCAGCCAGCAUGGGAGACGACUACGGAGUUAACGGAGACCUGAACGCCAACCGGAGCCUCCAGAGCACCGGAGACCCGCAGCUGGACCGGGCUCUGCAGCAGUGGCUAGCCUGGGACAAGAACCGGUGGACCCGGGCCCAGGUGGACUCUCUGGUUCUGGCGGGGCGGUGGGACGAGCUGAGACUCAGACUGAGCAGCAGGAUGAGCUUCGGUACCGCCGGGCUGAGAGCAGCGAUGGGAGCCGGCUUCAACCGCAUCAACGACCUCACCGUCAUCCAGUCCACUCAGGGUCUCCAUGGUUACCUGUGCAGGUGUGUUCCAGAUGUGAGCAGCAGAGGAGUGGUGGUCGGCUUUGACACCAGAGGACAGGAAGAGAGCGGCUGCAGCAGCGAGCGUCUGGCGAGGCUGACGGCGGCCGUCCUGCUGAGCAGAAACGUUCCCGUUCAUCUCUUCUCCUCCUACGUCCCGACGCCGUACGUGCCGUACGCUGUGAAGAAGCUCGGCGCUGCAGCCGGAGUGAUGAUCACCGCCUCACACAACCCCAAAGAAGACAACGGAUACAAGGUGUACUGGAGUAACGGCGCUCAGAUCUCGUCUCCUCAUGAUAAGGAGAUCCUGAAGAGCAUCGAGGAGCAUCUGGAGCCUUGGAGCGCCUCCUGCUGGGAGGAGCAGCUGGUGGAGACCUCCUCCCUCAGGACCGACCCACUCACACACAUCAACACCUCCUACAUGGAGGAGAUCACCUCCCUCUGCUUCCAGAGGAGUCUGAACAGCAGCUGUCCUCUGAGGUUCGUCCACUCAGCGUUUCAUGGUGUGGGUCACUCCUUCGUCCAGCAGGCCUUCCAGAUGUUCGGCUUCUCCCCCCCCAUCCCCGUCCCUGAGCAGAGAGACCCCGACCCCAACUUCUCCUCCGUACGCUGCCCCAACCCUGAGGAGGGGGAGUCCGUCCUGGAUCAGCCUCCCCCCCCUAGGAUCAGCGUUCCCCACCCUAGGAUCAGCGUUCCCCACCCUAGGAUCAGGUUCCCCAUCCUAGGAUCAGCAUUUCCCCACCCUAGGAUCAGCGCCCUCCACCCUAGGAUCAGCGUUCCUUGUCCCAGUACCCCCCUCCCAAUGGGUCUUGUCCCUGUACCCCCCUCCAAUUGGCCUUGUCCCAGUACCCCCCUCCAAUGGCCUUGUCCCCAGUACCCCCCUCCAAUGGGCCUUGUCCCAGUACCCCCCUCCAAUGGGCCUUGUCCCAGUACCCCCCUCCAAUGGGCCUUGUCCCAGUACCCCCCUCCAAUUGGCCUUGUCCCAGUACCUCCACCCCCCCACCCCCAAUGGGUCUUGUCCCAGUACCCCCCUCCCAAUGGGCCUUGUCCCAGUACCCCCCUCCCAAUGGGCCUUGUCCCAGUACCCCCCUCCAAUUGGCCUUGUCCCAGUACCCCCCUCCAAUUGGCCUUGUCCCAGUACCACCCCUCCCAAUGGGCCUUGUCCAGUACCUCCACCACCCCACCCCUAAUGGGCCUUGUCCCAGUACCCCACCCCUCCCAAUGGGCCUUGUCCCAGUUCCCCCCUCCAAUGGGCCUUGUCCCAGUUCCCCCCUCCAAUGGGCCUUGUCCUAGUACCCCCCCUCCCAACGAGCCUUGUCCCAGUACCCCUCUCCCAAUGGGCCUUGUCCUAGUACCCCCCUCCAAUGGGCCUUGUCCCAGAACUUCUCUCCGUCUGGCAGAGCGGGAAAACGCUCGCAUCGUCCUGGCAACGGAUCCUGACGCUGAUCGAUUGGCUGUCGCCGAGAAGUCUGACGGCUGGAAGGUGUUUACAGGUAACGAGCUAGCGGCGCUGCUCGGUUGGUGGAUGAUGUUUAACUGGAAGCAGCGACGCGACGCCGAGUCAGCAGACAGAGUUUAUAUGUUAGCCACGACCGUCUCCUCUAAGAUCCUGCAGGCCUUCGCUCGCAUCGAGGGCUUCCACUUCGAGGAAACGCUGCCGGGGCUUAAGUGGAUCGGGAACAGAAUGCACGAACUCGCCAAAACAGGAAACAGCGUCAUCUUCUCCUUCGAGGAGUCGAUCGGCUUCCUGUGUGGUAGUAUGGUUCCAGAUAAAGACGGGGUGAGUGCAGCGGUGGUCGUCGCUGAGUUGGCGUCUUAUCUCCAUGACAACGGCCUGACUCUGAACCAGCAGCUGACCAACAUCUACCAGACCUAUGGUUACCACGUCUCUAAAACGUCGUACGUCAUCUGCAACGACCCGCUCACCAUCCACAACAUCUUCGCUCGCAUCCGGAACUUCGACGGCAGCGGCUCGUACCCGACGACCUGCGGCGGCGUCCACAUCGUGCACGUGAGGGACGUAACCACGGGAUACGACAGCAGCCAACCGGACCUCAGAUCUGUACUUCCUGUUCUGAGGAGCAGUCAGAUGAUCACCUUCACGCUGCAGAACGGCGUCGUGGCAACGCUGAGGACGAGCGGCACCGAACCAAUCAAAUAUUACACCGAGUUCUGUGCUGCGCCGGGAAAAAGUGAGGUGUCCCACCUGGAGGCGGAGCUUAGGAAGGCGACCGCCGCCCUGCUGGACGAGUUCCUGGAGCCGGAGAAGAACAACCUGAUUCGCCGCCUGUUCUAGCCCCC